CAACAAGACAAAAGUCUUAUCUCUCGUUUAUUACAAUACCAAAGUGGAUAGUAUUAACUACAUAGUACGACUAUAUAUAAUCUAUAGACUCCUUAAUCCUUUCCCAAUUCAAUAUAUUGUCUUUUGUUUCUCUUUCUUUAGGUCUCUCCCAAAUUCUUGAAUCUACAGAGGAAAAGAAAUGCUUUCAACAACUCUUAGUGGCAACUAUGGCUUCCCUCUUUGCAUCUCUGGGAUCUCUCGGCAGCUAUCUCUCACCAAAGAAAUGGCAGAUCAUGACAAGAGGAGGAAGGUGAUGAAGAAGAAAAGGAGAUCAGAAGGUAAAGGUGCAUCCAGGAGACAUGGUGCAGAAGAAGAAAUGGGUGUGGAGAGAUUCCACGAGCAAUUAUGGCUCCAAGAGAUGAGAGAGAGUGAAGAUGUUAGAGAUCUAGUUGCUUUAUUCCAAGAUCUAGGGUCAUGGAGCUUUUCUUCUCACACAGCUAAAGCUGCCUAAAAGAAACCCCAAAAACUCUUCGUAGAUCUCACUGAGAUGUUGCUUGUUGUAAAACUGCAGAUCAAAAAAAUCUAUAAAAUAUUCCUGAAUGUUUUCACUGUUAUUGACACGUUUAUUUGCCGUUGGUGUGAUGAUGUUUUGAUGCUUGCUGCCUC